AUUAGAUGUGAGCGGGUAUUCUGAAAAGACAAGGUUAUCCGUUCGUCAUUUUCGUGUAAUAAAGUGUGAUUUCAUUAUGAACAAUUGUAUCUAAAGUUUUUGAGAACUUAACUAUAAUUUUUCAAUGAACGUAGGUCUCUAGACCCCCUUUAGAUAUUCAACAUGAUUCAACUAGUGGCCAUCGCUUAUAACUAUUAAACCUGACAUUUAAUUUGCUUUGUGCUCCCACUCAUGAGAGGAUAAGGAAAUAUGAGAUUGAGCUAAACAGAAUGUACUGACAGAAAGCACCCCAAGAUUUAGAAUCUGCCACAUCCUAGAUUCUGAUGGAUCAACUAAUCUGACUUCAGUUUAGUCUCGGCAUGAAGAGUCAUUUCUCCAAUUGAUACACUGAAUUUUGAACGAAAAGUGGUGAAGGAUCGAAUUUUACUUGUCCUUACUGCCUUAAAAAAUAUAUAGUUCUAUACAGUUUACACUUAAUACAUUGUUUCUUGACUACUGAUUAUUUCCAUUGUUCAAGAACUACUAUGAGUUUAAAUUUAACGGAUGAUGAGUUAGUGGACAUGACGACAGCUGAUCUUCGAUUGCUGCUAGAAAAAAAACGUUUAACAAUUGAGGAACACAAAGAACUUCGUAGUCGGAGACGUCGUCUGCAAAAUCGAAAAUACGCACGCAAAUGUGCUAGCAAAAAGCAGUCCGAAGUGGAAAACUUAGCCACCCAGGUGAAGGAAGAGGUCGUUGAAAUCCAGGCUCUGAGAACUCAGUUAUCACGAACCAACUUGGCGACAAAACACUUGGAACACCAAUUACGCCGCAUAAUGGAAUUCAAGGAAAAGUGUCUCAAUAAUGAAAGUAAUGGAUUUCAGAUAAAGACAGUCCGCAUGUUGAAUUCUAACGGUCAACCUGCUGGAUUUGCUUACAUUAAUUCGACGUUCUCUCCUAAUUUUAUGGGACCUAAGAUUCAUGAAGUUGUCCAUCCGACAGAUAAAAAUUGCGAUGUCAUAGAAAUUGCAACUUGUUCAAAGUAUAACCCUCUAUCUUCAGGUUCCAGUAAGUACAAAUUCAGCCUAAAAGAACACCCUUCCAACGAUUAUCCACGUCAAGUACCUACGGUUUCGCAAUUUUCUUCAGGCCUUGGCUUCCCUGGUACAGGUUCACCUGUACGUUUUUCAUGUAACCCUCCUUGUCACUUCAAAAAUCAUCUUCAAAUGCGUCUGGUUAGGCCAGUCGGUGGAGGCUUCGCAUCACACGGCAGAGGCAUGUCUGAAUAUUAAUAUCAGCUCCCACUAUUAUUUCUCUUCAGUUAAAUACAGCACCCCGAAUACUAAUAUCAUAAAUGGAAUAAUUUAUUAGCCCAUAUUCAUGCAUACCUGAGUGAACUCAAGAUUUUCCAUUUUACUGUGAUCAAGUAUUAUUUCCAUUGUUUUCUGUUCAUUGUUUGUUCUAUGUUAAUGCUAAAGUUUUGUGGCUUUGGCUCAUUUAUAAUAAAAACGAGUAUAAAACCGUUUCUUUCAACCUCAUGUUUCAGCGUAAAAAUGAAACUUUUACUACUUAGUUGAUGCUCAGUGUUCUUAUACUCUGGGUUGGAACGUGUUACCAAGAUGAGAAAGAAUGGUUUUAUCUUAUCGAUAUUAAGCUGUGGUUUCUUCUACUGAAGAUAAGCAUUAUUCUUAACAAAAAUUAAUCAAAUAUUUGUGAUCUUUCGUAUAAAUAAUUUUCGCAAUAAAAUAUCUUGAUAAUAUGACACGGAU